AUGUUAGAUAUGUUAUUAUUUGAAGCUUGCCAAAAAGUAGAUAUUGAACAAAUAAAAUAUUUAAUUGAACAAAAAUAUAAUAUUAAUCAAUUAAAUGAACAAGGUCGAACAGCACUUCAUUACUGUUGUGAUCAUCAAAAUAUUGAUUGUGCUCGACUUUUAUUAGAAUAUGAUAAUUCUAUUAUUAAUAUAAAAGAUAAUGAAGGUUUUUCAGCACUUCAUUUAGCUUGUUUAAAUGGUAAUUAUAUUAUGGUAAAAUAUUUUUGUGAACAAGGUGCAGAUGUAACAUUAGUUGAUAAUGAAUUACAUUCUCUUAUUCAUUGGAUAACAGUCUGUGGACAUCUUGAUCUUUUUGAUAUUCUUGUUCAAUAUGAAGCACCGGUACAUACAUCUGAUAUUUAUGGAGCUUUUCCAAUUCAUUAUGCAUCACAAUUGUGUGGAAAUAAUGAUCCGGCUAAAAGUUUAGCUAUUUUAAAAAAAUUAAUUGAUAAUAAUGCUGAUGUUAAUUGUCUUGAUGAACAAAAACGAACACCAUUUAUUUGGGCUGCUAGUGCAAAUGCUAUUGAUGCAUUACGUAUAUUAUACAAAGCUGGUGCAAAUCCAUUGCAUACCGAUAAAGAUUCUCUAACAGCACUUCAUUGUGCAGCAACUUGUGGACAUACAUCUUGUAUUCGUAUGUUAAUCGAAUUAUACGGAUGUUCAAUAGAAAGUGAAGAUAUUAAUGGUUGUACACCUUUAUUUUAUGCUAUUACAUUAGAACAUUCGAAUGCUUGUCGAGUUUUACUUGAUUUAAAAGCUAAUUCAAAUCAUAAAGAUAAUCGUGGAAGAACACCAAGUCAUUGUGCAGCAUUAAAAGGAAAUAUUAAUUGUUUAAAACAUUUAAUAGAAUGUAAUGCUGAUAUUUGGAUAAAAAAUAAACGUGGUGAUUAUCCUAUUCAUGAAGCAAUUAAUUCAAUAUCACUUAGUAAACUUCGUAAUAAAAAUAAUGAUCUAUCACAAUUACAAACAGGAUAUUUUGAUGCUGUUCGAUAUAUACUUCAAUUAUAUCCUAAGAAAGUUAAUAUUCAAAAUGAUGAACAUAGAACACCGCUUCAUUUGGCUGCUAGUUUAGGAGAUAUAUCAAUGUGUAAAUUAUUAAUUGAAUGUGGUGCAAGAGUUAAUUCAUUUAUACAAACAAAAGCUGGUAAUUUUUUAACACCAUAUGAUCUUGCUUGUAUUCGUCAUCAAGAUGCUUGUGCUGAAUAUCUCGUUUAUAAUCAUGGUGGUCAACGAGGCAAUUUACUAGUACAUAUUUUAGCUCGACGUAUUCAAAAAUAUUUUCGUCAAUAUAAAAUGAAAAAAAUUUUAAUAGAAAAUCAACAUCGAAAAACAUUAACGAAAAUAUCUUCAACUAAUAAAAAUAAUAAUAAUAGAACUUCUUCUUUAUCUGAAUAUUCAUCUUCUCAAUCGAUAGUUAAAUUAAUACCAACAAAAAAAUCAACAGAAUAUUUAUUAAAUCAAGCUAAUUUAUGUUUACAUAAUAAAAUAAUUGAUGAUCAUUUUAAAGAAUUAAAAAUAAAAACAUCAAAAUCUCAAACAUAUUUAAAAAAUACUUCAAAAGAAGAAAAACAUACUGCACAACAACGCCGUCAUAUAUAUGCUGAAUCAAAAACCACAAUAACAUCAAUUAAUCAUAGUGAUGACAAAAAAUCAAAUUCAUUACAUCGAAUAAUAAUUCAUCCAUCAAAUUCUAUUCAAACAUCAGUUAAACUUUAUGAACGACAUAAAAUAAUAGCAGAAGAAUUAUUUAAAUUAAAGGAAGCUCGAAUUCAUAAUCAUUGUAUAAUUAUCAAUCGACAAUUAUAUAACAUUUUAAUUGAAAAUGCAUUUAAUCCACAAAAUCGAUGUAUUGAUGAAAUUGAAAAAUACCUUGAAACAUUAUUAAAAGCAUAUGAAACUGAAUUAGAAACUAUACGAAAACGAACUAAAAGUGUUCCACCGAGACGUGUUCAUAAUUGUUCUCAACGAAAGAAAGUAUUUAAAUUAACGAUGAUGAAUACAGAAAUAGACGAUUUCAUAGACAAUAACGAUGUUCCUAAUGAAAAUCGUUCUACAAAAAAGAAACGUGCACCAAAAGCUCCAGCAAACGAAACAGAGAUGCCAGUAAAAAGUAGUGAAAACAAAAGAAAAGCACCAAAAAUUCCAAAUACGACAAAUAUUUAUGAAUUAGAUCAGAUGGAUGAAACAAAAGAACGCAAUACUCUUGAAAAAGAGAAUAGUAUUCAAGAUGUAUCUAUUCCUGAUCAAGAAACACCAAUUAAAUCAAAGAAAAAACGUGCACCAAAAAUUGAAAUAGUUAAUGAAAAUAAUGAUUCAUUACUUAUAGAAGAAUCUAUCAAAAAGAAAAAAUCCAAAGCACCAAAAUCUCCUAUCAAUGAUGAUGAUUUUCAAAUGAUUGAAACUUCAUCUAUGGAUUUAUUAGAAUCAACUAAUGAUGUAAAACCUAAAAAGAAAAAAUCUAAAAAAGUUAAACAACCCAUACAAGCAAUGACCGAUUCAUUUGAAAAUUUACAAAAUAUUAAUCUCAAUGAUGUAUCUUCUACAAAUCAAGAAAUAGAUUUGUAUCCAAAUGAUACUAUUCCUAUGAUUGAUGAUAUGGAAAAUCCAGCACCAUUUGAUAAUGAUACAACUGAAUAUGAAGCAGCUAUCAUGGAUGCAUAUGAUAAUUUAGCAUCAGGUGUUAAUUUUACUGACUAUGUUGGUGGUGAUCAAUGGGCUAUUAUUAAUUUUCCAAAAUCAACUCGUACAGAUGGAAAAAAUCGUAUAAAAAAACUUUUACCCGGUGGUAAUAAAGAUGAAAAAGCAGGAAAAAAAACAACAGCUUCAAAAGGUAAUUUCUUAACUCGUUUUCGUAAUGGAAUAAAUACACUUGUACGUGAUGAAAAAAAUUUACUUUUUGGUGAACCUGCUAAUGUUGAUGUAGCUGAUUAUGACGAUCCCGAUGGUGUUGAUACAGAUGAUUUAAAUCGUUAUGCACAAAAAUUACGUGAAUUAGAAGAUAAAGAUCGUGAAAUUAAUCCUGAAUUUCUUGUAAUUCGUGAUGGAAAAACUAUUUAUGGUGUACAUGAACCUGAUGCUGAUGGUAAAGUUAAAUUAGCUAAACGUAAACCAAUUUUUGAUCGUUAUGCUGAUCAAAGAAUUGAUGAACAAGCAGGCAAAAAGACAUUGUUAUCUAUUUUAAAAAGUCCAUUCGCUCGAAAUCGAGAUAAAAAUGGAAAUGAUAUGCAAUCACCAAAUUUAGGUGAUGCAACGCCAAAUACUCGUUCACAACGAAAAUCACGUGGCCAAUCUAUUGAUGAAGAUGUAACUAUGGUUGCAUACGGCGAUUCAUCAGUGAUUUGA